CCACGACAAGAGGUGGACAUCACUUAUCCCAAACACUUGAUUUGUGACGAAGACGACGAUUUUAUACCAUGAAUUUCUGGAUGGUAGUUAUAUUGGUGGCAGUCGUGGUGGUUAGCGCAAGGCCACGAAAUUCCAACGAGGUAUCAAAGCGAGGAGUAAAUCGCAACUGUGGAAACCUCGACUUCUGGGCCAACUCUGGGUUUAUAUCCACCCCCAACUAUCCCAGCAACUACGGUGAUGACACAACGUGUGUGUACACCAUCCAACCCAGUAACCUCUCCUCGCAGUUUUAUGUGGAUUUCUACACCUGUGACUGCUUCUUGGAGGAUCACAGCAUUUGCUCCUUCGACUCCAUUCGCUUUGGUAACAAUGGAACAAAGAACUGUGGCAACGUUAGUUUCCGCAGGUUUUCAGUGAUGUCGACCAACGGCAAAGUAGAAGUGAUUUUUGACACUGAUGGUAGUGUCAACGACAGGGGCUGUAAAAUUGCCUACAGCACUCAAGGUAACCUUCCCAACUGCCCGAACAGCAACAUUAGCAUCGGUUUGACACCCGCUGUGAACUACUCGACAACCUCCUUCAAUUACUCGACACCAUGGUGGAACAACACGACACCCUCUUUCAAUUACUCGACACCUUGGUGGAACAACACGACACCCUCUUUCAAUUACUCGACACCUUGGUGGAACAACACGACACCCUCUUUCAAUUACUCGACACCUUGGUGGAACAACACGACACCCUCUUUCAAUUACUCGACACCUUGGUGGAACAACACGACACCCUCUUUCAAUUACUCGACAACAGGGUGGAUCUCCACGACAGCUGCUCCCUCAAACGGUUCUAUCCAUGAUCUGCUGAACAUUAUGUACAGUAAAGCGUAUGCUGUAGAAAAUGCCUUCGAGGAGUACAGACAUGCUGUCAGUAAUGUUAUCAACAGGUUAAUGCCAUAAAUCAGGUCGCAGCAGGAUAGGCCACUUAGACGUUUGACUGUAACAUAAAAUAAAUCAUAUAAUAAUUAUAUCA